AUGGAUUUUUUCAAGAAUCGAUUGUUGCAACUCAGAAUUCCUAUUUUGUGGUCUAAAACCCUGUGGAACUCAGCAGUUGAAGGCAGAGGCAAGAAAGACAAGGGCCACUCUAUGCUGGCGGGAUGUCUACUGGCUGGACUUAUGAUGACGAUCGCCUCGUUGGCCAUGCUUUCGGGGAAAGCUUUGAUGACGAGCUUAAUCGCCCUCACACUGGCCGCCCUCUCGAACCGAAAAGGGGGCUCGGCCGCCCUCCAUGGCGCCACCACCUAUGAAGUCAUCAACGUCCCAGCACAUCAUCAUUGAGCACCUGCGCACACUUAGGGCCAAAUUCAUAGACACGCAUUUAACAGCUCCUUUCCUUAGCAGGUUCCAUGCGGUUUGCAUUAAGGUUACGGAGGAUUUUAGGAAAUCCUUAGUAUAGCACCAUCAAAAAG